CUUCCCCAAACUACCCUCCCGGACCAACCAUUGAAACUCCAAGGUGACGAAAAUAAGCCCAACAUUCCAAGGGCAAGAUGGUCAUUUGCCAUAUCGGUAAGUCCCAUCGUAGACAGAGACCAACCGGAAUUUUCUUCUCUCUUUCCUUGUAGUUGUAGUUGUAUGAAUCGUCUCUCCUUUCCGUCUGCCUAAACCACGGAAAAAACAAAUCCCAAAAUAAUAAGGGGUCAGAGAGAGAGAGAGAGAGAGAACAACAACGACGUAAGUGCGUGUAACCGAGCCGAGCCGAUUCGAUCGGAGCCGAGCAAUGACGCAAGCAUCCGCGCGAACGUCGCCGCACGCGCGCUUUACCGGCGACCUGACCGUAACCCCACACAUGCGGCUCACGCGCCUGUCGACAGCCGGCGCAUUGCCGCUACGACUACGUUACAUCCCACCGACGCAUCUCGUCUCCAUCCCUCCCCUUUAACAACAACAACAAAACAAACACCACCUCUUCGGAAGAUUCAACUUCAAAGCAGAGACGGCGAUGGACGGAUCGGAGGCCCCAACGACGACGGCUCAAGCACGCCCGUCGCACAAUCCGUUGCCCUUCCGUGAGGAUUGCUGGAGUGAGGAAGCCACCUACACGCUGAUCGAAGCCUGGGGCGAUCGGUAUAUCGAGCUCAACCGCGGGAACCUCCGUCAGAAGCAUUGGCAGGAGGUCGCUGACGCCGUUAACGCCCGACAUGGCGCCAUUAAGAAGAAUCGUCGCACCGAUGUUCAGUGCAAGAACCGGAUCGAUACCUUGAAGAAGAAGUACAAGAUUGAGAAAGCUAGGAUUUUGGCUUCGGACGGGACCCUAACUAGUAGCUGGCCUUUCUAUUAUCGUCUCGAUGCCCUGAUUGGGUCGACCGUGCCGGCGAAGAAGCCAUCGCCUCCACUUGCCCUUCCUUUGCCCUACCGGAAGACACCUCCUUCGCUGCCGCACGCUUCUCCGGUACCGGUCGCCGUCCGGUCGGCGAAGGAGAAGCGGCCGUCUCCUGCGGUCGACGAUUCCUUCUUCCGGCGGAACUAUUCGGCGGUUGCUGCUGCAGCUGCGGCUGCAGAGAACGACGCGGAUUCGGAGUCGUCGAGGUCGAGCACGGAGAGUCGACGUCGAGAUGGGGAGGCGGAUGGGUUUCGACAGCUGGCUCAGGCUAUAACGAGAUUUGGGGAGAUUUAUGAGAGAGUGGAGGGCGCGAAACAGAGGCAGAUGAUUGAAUUGGAGAAGCAGAGGAUGCAGUUUGCCAAGGAUUUGGAGUUCCAGAGGAUGCAGUUGUUUAUGGAUACACAGGUUCAGCUUGAGAAGAUCAAGCGUGCAAAAAGAGCGGCUGCUGCUGACGGUAAUUUAUAGCUAGCCGUGUGGGAGAGAAAGCUUGGCAAGAGGAGGCCAUUCUUGGGAGAUGCGCUGUUUGGUUUACAGAAUCUGGAGAUGAGAUUUGCCCCUGGAGAACAUAUUACUCCACCUAUAUUUGGGACUUGGGAUUAAAAGAAUGUCCUGGUGGAGAGUGGAAGCCUGGCACUGAAGCUUUGGUGAUGUUGUAUAGUGCCAGUAGAACCUGCUUUCUUGUGAAUUCUGCUUAUUUUAGUUUGGGACGCUUCAGAAGAUUAUGGGCAGAUAGGUUUUAACAAUUUUUAUUAUAUAUAUAUAUUCCUUUGUCCUCCCUUCUCCUUCGUUGUUCAGCCAACACUGGGCAGUUCUAUCUGCUUUUCUUUCUUGGUAAUUUAGUUUGUUUAGAACUUAAAAUUGUACCUGCUCCAAUGUACUCUACCUAUUUGCUUGUCUUCA